CGGCUCCUACCAGAUCAUUGAAUCUCUGAACAAGGAUAUUCCAGACGUGUACUUUGACGACUUGACAAACCCCGUUAAGAUCGCAGCCAACUUUGAGCCAAAGAAGUACGCAUUCCGUACCAUGCGCCAAAAGCUCUUAGAGACUGCUGAUGUGCUGGAUGACCAGAUUGACUCCUAUGCCCAACUCAUCCAGGCCCAUUAUAACUUCCAAGACUCUGACUUCACCAACCCGUCUUUCAUUUCGCAGAAUGAAAUCAUCUCUGUGGGUAGAAUUGUUCCUGAUAACCCACAGUAUAAGGAUACAGAUGCUCUAAACGAACACAGUUUGGCUCUUGAAAGCUCAAGACUUGGUGGUAUAGGAAAAAGAAUUCCCCUUGAUCUCACUGAACUUUCUAACUUUGCCUUCUUCCCAGGCCAGAUCGUCUGCUUGAAAGGUAAGAAUCCGAGUGGAGAGGUGUUCAAAAUCAGUGAAGUUGUUGAACCUCCUUACCUAGGUUCACCUAUCACUUCAGCAGACGAACUGAAACAGUACGAAGACGUUAAACUGAUGGUUGUUGGGGGACCUUAUACAGCCAUCACUGACAUGAACUACAAGCCACUUGAAGACUUGGUGGGGAAGAUUAACAGUGAAUAUAAGCCACAUGUCGUUAUAUUACUUGGUCCAUUUGUUGAUAUCACUCACCCAUGUAUCUCUAAAGGUCUGGAUAUUGACGUUGAAGUCGAUGGAAAGAGAAUCAAGCCAAAGACAUUGGAUGAGGUAUUCAAACUGAUCGUAAAUCCAAUCUUGAAGAAGAUCAAUCCACUAAUCCAAGUCAUCAUGGUUCCAUCGCUCAAGGAUGCCACAAUCAACCACGCAGCAUACCCACAGAAUUCAUUUGACCGGAAACAGUUGCAAUUGGGUAAGAACUUCAAAUGCUUCACAAACCCAUCCAUGUUUCAAGUCAACGAAGUCAACAUUGGAGUGUCCAACAAUGAUAUUUUCAAAGACUUGAAAGAUGUCACUAAAGGAGAUUACGCUCUGGAAAAUAGAUUUGAAAGGAUCUCAAACCAUGUUAUCCAACAAAGAAGAUUCUAUCCUCUGUUUCCAGGUGUGUCAAAGAUCAAAAAGUCCAAGAUUAACGGUGAAGAUUUCGAGGAAGUUCAACCUGGUUCCAAUCUCGAUGUCCCUUACAUUGGCCUGGCAGAUUUCAAUGAUAUCAUUCCAGAUAUUCUGAUAAUGCCUUCGGACCUUCGAUUCUUUGCAAAGAUUGUCAAAAACGUCUUGGUUAUUAAUCCUGGUUCACUGGUCAAAUUCAGCUCUGGCUCGAUUGUAACUAUCACAAUUAAAAAGCCCAGCCUAGAUGAACUCACAAAGGUUGACGGAGAAGAAAAUAUGUAUUUACAUGACAUUUGGAAAAGGGCAAGGGUUGAUAUCAUCAAGUCA